AAUCCGGUUUCCAAGAGCCGAUCGUCAGUCAGUCGUCCUUGCAACUUGUCGCGUUAGAAAUCUGGAGAUCUCUUACGAGUAUGAGGGUUAUAAUCGAGAGUUGAAUCAAUUCGUCUGACAACGUCUUUGCCUCGCGGAUGUCACGCGUGCUGUCAUACGGAACAGAGUCUUGAUGCGGAUCGACUCACCCGCCAAAAUGGAGAAGAGGUUGUCGGAUCCGUCGAAAUCACCGCGUCAGAACCUGUCGAGCCCUUUGUCGAGGAAGAGUAAGAGACGAUCCAGUCGCAAGACCAACCUGCUGGAUUCAGUGUCGAACACAUGGACUAAUGAUCCACGAAACGAUCUGGCAGCAGGUGUGGGUUGCCCAUCACGGAUGUUGUGGCAAUCGACUGGCGUGUCGCAGAAUGUUCCCGGCAACGGACAACGUCUGUUUGCUGCAAUGUCCGAUCCAAGCGUGUGCGGUUACUCGCCAAUGCCGCUGGCAUAUACCAUGCAGCCAGUCUCACUGCCAGCAAUGUGCAGAAUGUACCAACCAGUGCCGAUACCGAACGUCAGAAGCGUCCCCAGUAGAGGCAGACAUCGUUGUAACGAGCAUUCGGUGAAUGUUUGUCCGAGUGCCAAUAACAAUGUUGCUAAUGGCUGUGGGAAUCUACAGGAAAACAGGAGAUUAGAAUCUACUGUACAUAUUGCCUACCAGAACGGAGACUACGCUAGUUUACCACCCACUGCCAACAGAGACAAUGGUAUCAAUGGUGAUGAACUUAAUUCGGAACACAGAAGGUAUUCUGAUCCUGGGUUAGGACCUGCUGAAAAUGUUCCUCAUUUGGAUAGCGAUGAUUCCGAUAGUGCUGACAGCGGAAGUUCCAUAACGACAAUUGGCCGCAGCAACAAACUUGUCUUGUCGCUUGUUGAACAGAUAACAGAAUUGAAGAAAUGUAACAACCAAUUAUUCAAAGAACUCAAUGAAGUAAAACUGAAUUUAGAAGAUAUAAAAGUGAAAGCGGCACAGUGUAAACACAGUACUCCUAUGGAUUAUCAACCUGGAAUGUUGUCAGACCUCAUACGCGAAAUCAGAGAAGCUAAUAAAAAUCGUGAAGAAGAAUUAGCCAUGAAAGUAAAGUCUCUAUUGGAAGAAAAAAAUAAUCAACAGAAUCAAUUAUCAAAAUUAAUAAAGGAGAAAGAAGAAAGCGAUCAACGUAUCACAAAAUUGGAGGAGGAAGUAAUGGCGUUAAAGAUGGGCGCAACCAACGAAGGCCGCGAGAUCGCAGCCUUCGAGGAGGAGACCCUGGCAUUGCGGCGGGAGCUCCAAGAAGCACGGGCGUCCAGGAACUUGGCCGAGAACCAUGCGGCAAAGUGCGUAAACUUCGCGGUAUCCAGAUCUGUCACGCCUGUAACUUUCGAUACGCCCUGUAUAACCAGCACCCCCGUGCGUACCGCUCUUGCCGACACUCGUUCCCUACCCCCGGUCCUCCCGUCCGCAAUGUCAUCGCAUAUCUCCUCCGCUUCCUCUUUUUCCGCUCUACGUUCCCGUUCCGCGGAGGUGGCAGCUCUUUUCGUCGCCGAGCCGACAGAUCAUUGUCGAAACCACGGGCUCGCGUCCUGCGAGGAUUCUCCAUCGACGAAGAAUGAGAGCGAUUGUUCGGAGGUGACUCCGGCGCCUCGUCAAACUGCCGUGGUUAACAUGAAUGAUCACGUUGUAAACGCAGUCGAGAUUGGACCUAAGAACAAAAUUGAGAAUCAGAAUUCAGAAUUAUUCACCUACUCAGCUACUACUAAGAACUUUUUGGAAGUGUUUAUGUCGGAGUUGGCCGAUUGCUUGACUUCAACCGAUCAGAGAAAGGCGUGCGACAUUAACACCGCAAGGAACGACGACAAAGAGAAGUCAUCAGUGACCAAGGAAAGAACACAAACGAAUCUCUCAACGACUGUUGUUGCCGCUGCAGAGGAACAAGCUGGCGAUCAGCUUCCAGAGAAUUGCACAGAAAUAAAAAUGACAUUGUCCAAAAAGAAGAUUGAAACAAAGAUUUCAGUAUCGCCAGAUGUUAUCAUCGAGGAGCGAAAAGAUGUGUCGAACAAACCAAGACCAAGUGAUAAAAUGAUAGAGAGGUCAGUUGAUCACACAAGUUGGCAGAGACUGUACGACUUUCAACGAGGCAGCUGCAAAAGAUCACGUCGGAAGAAGUGCGAGCUGAAGAGGUGGCUCAGUGAGACUGACAAGUCCAGCAAGAGUCAGUAUCAGGAUGCCAAGAUUCCGGUCGAUACGACCUCAUCGGACUACUCGAGCUCGACCAGUCGCGACACGGUAAACGAGCAGGAGAGUUGUCCCAAUGACAAUCACACAGGACGAGCCAUUACCGAAGUGCCGGAAGUCGCUGUGGUCGGUGGUAGCUCCAUCAUGCCGAAAGACCUCUGCUCGACGGGACCCCUGACCUCCAGAACCAAAACAGCACCUUCACGUGCCACCUACACCACCGCCUAUAUCUAGGUCACGUACGCGCGGGGCCCCGAAAAAGAGAUAGAAAAAAAGCAAUAUCACAUACUGCUCGUCGCCAAUAUCCGCAAAAGGGGGCUUCCUAGGGGCUUCUUACUAGAGGCUACUACUAUGCAUAUGUACUCAAAUGGCACGUAGGUCUGUUCACUCGUCGUACAUGCUUUUCGUUCACACUGGUCGUACUGAUGCUACACGCUUCCAGCCGUGCCACGCUUCACAUUCAGCAGAAUUACGUCAUUCCGGUAUCAGAAGGAGAAUAUUUAUAUUUUCAUUCGCUUUAGUUAAAAAUGUGUAUAUUAAAAUGUAAUUUCAGUCUUGUACUUUUUGCUUUUAUACAGUAAUAUACAUAAUUAACAAUAUGCAGGAAUACCGCAAUAACGUAAUUCGUUUGUGCCAUAUCCACAAUAUAUUGCAAUACUGAUUCCAUUCGUAUCUUGAAAGGGAAUUGGGAGAAAAAUAGCUGUUAACGGUUAAGUUGAAAGUAGCACUUCUUAUUCGAUUUAAAAUGCCGUAUAUUUUUCUUUUCUAUCGCUAUUUCUUUUUUAAAAAAGAAUAAAGGACAAUAAUUAUCUUGAAUGUUUAAAAUAUUUUGCAUAGAUUGCAGAAUUGUUCCAAUUGCUGAUGAAGUAUACGGACACUCCAGUGCAUUGUCAUUACUGCUGUGUAUAUACGCUUCUGCAAAUUUUAAUACAUUGUUGACUCAUAGCAAAUAUUAGCUUCUCUAUAUCUUAUGUACAGAUAGCUAUAAAUAUAUGGAGAAAACAAAUAUGUAUAAUAAAUAAUUUUCUAAUAAAUCUGUUGAAUCCGCCACAACUGCACGCCUACGAAAGAAACGCACCACGAGCGCGCGCAAUAGAGAGACUCUUGGUAUAAUAGUUUGUAUUGUAAAUAAAUAAACAUUUAAGCAUUUAUACAUU